UUCUCACUGCGCAUGCGCGUCUCUCCUGUUUGUGAUGACCGUCAACAUGGCGGCAGUGGAGACGCAUGUCUAAACUUUACACUGACAAUUGAUUUCUUGCCUCGCGUACUUUGUUUACGUGAAAGAAAGCCGUCGAACAAAAAAUGUCCCGUCACAGGAAUGUCCGAGGUUAUAACUACGACGAAGACUUUGAGGAAGAUGACAUGUACGGGCAGUCAGUGGAAGAUGACUACUGCAUCUCUCCUGCCACUGCCGCACAGUUUAUCUACUCGCGUCAAGACUCAAGGCAGGCUCGACAUGUAGAGACCCUGGAAGAGGCAGAAUAUGAGGUGGAGGAAGAGGAGAUGCCAACGUCUCCCACCAUUGCAGGCACACUAGACCCACUACAACAAGGUCGGUUGUAUUCCUGUUUGGAUCAGAUGAGAGCUGUGCUGGGAGAUUCAAUUCCAGACUCCACACUGACUCAGGCAGCUCUGAAAUAUGACUGUGACCCUCACAGAGCCCUUGAUUUUAUUCUAACUGAGGAGAACACCAAUACACACGCCCCUACAGCCAGAACCAACCCACAGCCCGAGCCUAUCACCACAGCUGCACCACAGAAAGCUAAAGCACGGGAGGCUUCAGAGAGUCGUGUUGAAGCAGAGGUUGUCCCAAAGGUUGCCCGCAUGACUGUGUCAGGCAAGAAGCAGACCAUGGGCUUUGAUGUGCGAAGUGCGGAAGAAAACGGCGUUGUUGCCCCGUCAGUUCGCAGAGGGCCGAGUCCAGAGGUCACCGCUGCACCAACCACAGAGACCCCAUCCAAACCAUCGGCUGUGAAUGAAGACUCUGCCGCCCCGACCCCGACUCGACCAGCUGGAAAGAGCAAACAGCAGCUCAACAUCCGUGCUGAACUGGAGAAGAGACAAGGAGGAAAACCGUUACUCAACCUGGUGGUCAUAGGUCAUGUAGAUGCUGGUAAGAGCACUCUCAUGGGUCAUCUGUUAUAUCUGCUGGGGAACGUUAAUAAGAGAACCAUGCAUAAAUAUGAGCAGGAGGCCAAGAAAGCUGGCAAGGCCUCAUUCGCUUAUGCAUGGGUACUGGACGAGACAGGAGAGGAGAGAGACAGAGGAGUGACCAUGGAUGUGGGCAUGACAAAGUUUGAGACCGACUCGAAGGUUAUAACUCUCAUGGAUGCACCAGGACACAAAGACUUCAUUCCGAAUAUGAUUACAGGGGCUGCACAGGCAGAUGUGGCUGUGUUAGUCGUAGAUGCCAGUCGUGGGGAGUUUGAGGCCGGGUUCGAGGCGGGGGGGCAGACCCGCGAGCACGGCCUGCUGGUUCGAUCCCUCGGAGUCACGCAGCUUGCCGUUGCUGUCAACAAGAUGGACCAGGUGAACUGGCAGCAGGAGAGAUUCCAGGAAAUCGUCUCGAAGCUCGGUCACUUUCUGAAGCAGGCUGGUUUUAAGGAUUCUGAUGUGUUUUACAUCCCUACCAGCGGUCUAUCAGGAGAGAAUCUGACUACUAGGAGUAAAGUUGCAGAUCUUACAGCCUGGUACACUGGACCUUGCCUACUGGAACAGAUAGAUGCAUUUAAACCACCCCAGAGGUCAGUGGAGAAGCCUUUCAGGCUUUGUGUCUCAGAUGUCUUCAAAGAUCAGGGAUCUGGGUUCUGUGUGACUGGGAAGAUCGAGGCUGGCUUCAUUCAGACAGGAGAUAAAGUUCUGGCCAUGCCUCCUAAUGAGACCUGCACGGUUAAAGGGAUCACUCUCCAUGAUGAAGCUUUAGACUGGGCAGCUGCUGGUGAUCAUGUCAGUCUAACUGUAACUGGCAUGGACAUCAUCAAAAUAAAUGUUGGAUGUAUAUUCUGUGAUCCCAAAGAGCCCAUCAGAACCUGUACAAGAUUCCGAGCAAGAAUUCUCCUCUUUAAUAUAGAAUUUCCCGUCACGCAAGGCUUCCCCGUACUGUUACAUUAUCAGACCGUAAGCGAACCGGCCACUAUUAGGAAGUUAGUCAGUGUAUUACACAAGAGCAGUGGAGAAGUUCUCAAGAAGAAACCAAAGUGUUUGAGUAAAGGACAGAAUGCUGUGGUGGAGAUUCAAACACAGAGGCCUGUGGCUCUGGAGCUCUAUAAGGACUAUAAAGAACUGGGGCGGUUCAUGCUGAGAUAUGUGGGCUCGACCAUUGCUGCUGGAGUUGUCACAGAGAUCAAAGAGUAAGAACCAGUUGGAACUGGAUCCUCCAGAAAAAAACUGGACAGAAGUGCAAUUCCCCCUCAAAGCUACCGUAACACAAACAUAAAGUGAAUACACACAGAUGCCCACAAGGCAACAUCUAGCCACAGUUCACAUUUCACCUUAUUAAAGGCCCUAGAAUGAGUGUGUGUGUGCUAGAGAGAGACUGCAUUUUGUCCUGCCUCUCAACUUGCAGCAUACAAUUGAUUUGUGUAAUAAUUCAUCCAAAAUUUCAGCUCAAACACACACGGAUCAUUUACCUGUAAUUUAAUUUGGUUUGCUUCCAUUCAUUGAUUGCAUCAUUAACUGAACUCAUUGUUUUAUUAUUUGAUAUUUUAUUUAGAUUAUUGUAAAGCGCAUCAUUUUUGACUAUAAGAUGGCAGCAUAUAAUGGACAUUUAGUUUCCAUUUUCAAAUGGAAGGUUUUUAAGGUUAAUCAAAUUAGUUAUGGAUGUGUACAUUUGUAAAAGGGAAAAUAGAUUAAGCAACACAGCUGGCAGCUCUCAUCUCCUCCAUCAGUUUCUCAUGUGAGCGGGACAGUGUGAAUGAAGCCUGCCCUUCCAUUGCUGCUACUCUAUGAGAAAACAGAAGGAUCGAGAACCAGUGGGCAAAUGGAUAUGCUGUGGAGAAACUCAUCCGCAUGUCUAUAAUCUAACAGUAAUCACUUAAAGGACCUAACGGACAUGACUCUUACUCAUCUUGACUUGAUUAUUAAGUUGUUUUAAUUUAAAGAACGUUUUGUUUGGGUGUAUCGAAGCUGAAGUUGUUCAGUUGGGGAAAAGCUUCUUCAUCAGAAAAAUAAAAAUAUUGAUCACUAUGGAAAAUGUGUGUGUGUGUAUUGUUGGGCCAUUAAAUAUAGUAUUUAUUCAGUCUUACAUUUAUUUUCCCAUUUUGGAAAGUGUUUGUUGGUUUUAUCAUGGAAGCCUGUUUCCACCACAUAAUUAAAAAACAAAAGUGAGAAAAAGUUGCUGUUAACUUUAAAAAAAAAAAUUUAUUCCAUGGUUGGGGAAAAAAAAAACACAGAAUUGCAAGAUGUAAACUCAGAAUUCCGAGAAAAAGUCUGCAUUGUGAGAUUGCAAUAGUGAAUUGAAAAAAAAAAGCAGUUUAUAUUUCACUUCAUUUUGAGUAUAUAUCUCGCAAUUCUGACUUUUUUCUUAGAAUUACGAGAAACAAAGUUCAACUGUGAGAGAGAAACUCAGAAAAGUCAGAAUUGUGAGAUGGAAAGUUGCAAUUACCAUUUUUUCAUUUUUUUAUUCUGUUAAAAUUGGCUUCAUACUUUAUGACCCUGCUCAACAUUUACAAAAGCAUUGAUUAUUCUCUGGACAGGAAUGUAUGUUUUUCCUGCAUGCAAGCUGUUUGUUUUCAUCCUUACAAUUUUCAUGAAUUCUUGUUUCGGCUUUUACCACCUUUUGGCCUGAUGUCGAAUGACAUGAAUCUCAGUGCAUUGAUGUUUUGUGAACACACUUUAUUAUUGCAGUAUAAUGCGAGUUAUGCAAAUCAUGUAAUUUCCCACUUAUUCCAGAAAGUGCUCACUCUGACAGAUGCUCAUUAUAUGUGCUCAAAUGCUAACAGAUGUAGCUAAUAAGUUGUUUUCUUGUGUGAGAAUGUGCUGCUGUAAUUUUCCACUUCAUGGCCUGAUAAUCAAAAGAUUUCACAAACGCAGCUUGUUCAGAAUAGAUACAGACUCGAAGAUGAUGACACAUUGAUUCAGUGAAACUGGCUUUAAUCAAUUCGUCUCUGCCUCUUGAUUGUAGAGAAAUACACUGAAAGAUUUAAUAGUAUGUUUCUACUGGUAGGCACAAAGAAAAUAUACUGAAAUUGAAGAGAAAUAUACUGCUUAAGACCUUAUCCACCACACAAGAUUGUAAUUAAUAAGAAUAAUUACCAUCAAAAGUGAAAAAUGAGGGAUUUGACCUUUUAGUUUUAUAGCACUGGGGUUGCUGAAGUGGUUCAAUCAGCGUAACAAAUGACUUCUUCUCAACUGAGAAUUGGGAUAUUAAAUGUAUGCUCGGUGCUACAGACUUAGGCCAAUUACAAGUGCAGUAAUCAUAGUCUCAAGAGAUUCUGACAUUAGCUCUGCUUAAAAGCAUCAAAGAGUUUUGUGAAUUACCCACAAGGAACAUUUUUGACAAUAGCAACUUUUUAAUGCUGUCUUUCUCUAAUUUCAUCUCAUUGUUCUCUUUGAUCCUCUUUUUAAAUCAUCCAAAAUAAUUGUCUAAUGAUCGUUUCCUUCCUCUAAUUUUCUGUAUCACUGCAUACAAUGGCAUUUUGACAGUAAGAGUUGUCUUUUUUUUGUGCUUGUUAAUUCUCCUUAUAGAUGUUAUUUUUCACGGCAUGGUGGUUUAUAUCUUUUUCUUGAGGAAUGAAAUUUCAAUAUCCACCCACUUUUUCUCUGGGGCUGGUCUUUUGAUUUGGAAUGAGCAAAGUCUCUCCAUAAAACUUUAAUGUUUUGUUCUAAUGCUGCUGCUUGAAACAUUAAAGUGAUUUAUAAAAUUAUAAAA